UAGAAAAAAUCGGAUUUUUGCUUUUGACUUUCCUUUUUGCAGGCUCUAUUGUUCUGCAGUUGUUUCGAGCUUUUCGUUGUUGGUUCCUCGUUUUGAGUUUUAUCUCAGAGAGCCGACGCUGAGACAGGGUUUUACGGAGUUGUGAUUUGACGGAUAUAUGCUUAAGAAACUUCACCAGCACGUCUGUCAGAACUCAGAAGAACGUCAGAGCUAAAGUGAUUGCUGGUUAGGGUUUUCUUUCCAGCUUGUGAAGCUUUGGAGAAUCCGAUGCUGAAGAAGUGAAGAGAUUUGAAGGUGGUUCGUAACGGUCGGAAAGAUGGUGGAAGGUCCAAAGUUCACCGGAAUUAUAUCCAAUGACAACAAUCCGAACAACUUCUAUGAUUUUACGCAAGGGUUUUAUGAGAAACUUGGUGAGGGAUCCAACAUGUCAAUCGACAGUGUUGGGAGUUUGCCGACGAGUAAUGGUGGAGGUUCAGUGUCGAUGUCUGUGGACAACAGCAGCGUUGGAUCAAACGAUUCCCACACUCAUAUCUUAAGCCAUCCCGGUCUGCGUCCUGUCAACAACAAUUACUCUGUAGGGCACAGUGUUCUUCGUCCGGGGAGGGUUUCCCAUGCGCUGAGUGAUGAUGCACUGGCGCAAGCCUUGAUGGAUAGCAGAUACCCCACGGAAGGGCUUCAGAAUUAUGAUGAGUGGACAAUCGAUUUGAGGAAGCUUAACAUGGGGACUGCUUUUGCACAGGGAGCUUUUGGGAAGCUAUAUAAAGGGACAUACAAUGGUGAAGAUGUUGCGAUCAAGAUAUUGGAAAGGCCAGAGAACAAUACAGAGAGGGCACAGUUGAUGGAACAGCAGUUCCAGCAGGAAGUGAUGAUGUUGGCUACCCUUAAACACCCCAACAUAGUCAGGUUUAUUGGGGCAUGUCGAAAACCCAUGGUUUGGUGCAUUGUGACAGAGUAUGCAAAAGGAGGAUCAGUGAGGCAGUUCCUUAUGAGGAGGCAGAAUCGAUCAGUGCCAUUGAAGUUGGCAGUCAAGCAGGCCUUGGAUGUUGCAAGGGGAAUGGCAUAUGUGCAUGGGCUGGGCUUCAUUCACAGAGAUCUGAAGUCGGAUAAUCUGUUGAUUUUUGCAGACAAGUCCAUUAAAAUUGCAGAUUUUGGUGUGGCGCGUAUUGAGGUGCAGACCGAGGGGAUGACUCCGGAAACUGGAACAUACCGAUGGAUGGCUCCAGAGAUGAUCCAACACAGGCCAUAUACACAGAAAGUGGAUGUAUACAGCUUCGGGAUUGUGCUCUGGGAGCUGAUCACGGGUAUGCUUCCCUUCCAAAAUAUGACAGCAGUGCAGGCAGCAUUUGCUGUUGUCAACAAGGGUGUCAGGCCAAUCAUACCCAAUGACUGCCUACCUGUACUUACUGAAAUCAUGACUCGCUGCUGGGAUGCUAAUCCUGAGGUCCGACCAUCCUUUGCUGAAGUUGUUAGGAUGCUUGAGAAUGCUGAAACAGAAAUCAUGACUACUGUCCGCAAGGCCCGCUUCAGGUGUUGCAUUUCUCAACCCAUGACAACCGACUGAUCCUACUUCACGGUUUUGUUAAAAGAAAGAAAGGGA